AUGAACCAGAGCGCGCCAGCCGUGCCACCGGCUUCAAGAGAUGGCGAGAGCAAGAAGCGCAACCAUGACGGCAGGAUGGACUCCAACACCAACGGUGCUGUCAUGGCCGUCUCAGCGCCAUCAGGCCCAGCGCACGACCACUUCUUGGACCUCCCGCCUGAGAUCGCACACGUCCCCGUCGACCUCUACCACCCCCUCUCCACGCUGUUGAUGCGAAUAUCGCAAGAAUGCUACAACGACCUAAGCGAGGUGCUCCAGAAAAUGGCCGACAUGCCGCUUGCCCAGCAGCUGAACGGCGCAUUAACAAACGGAAUGGGUCAGCAAAAUGUUGAAGCGAACAGACACAAGAAGUUGCUCCUUAUGCGAUUCGCCCAAGAGAACAGAGCAAAGUUCAUCAAGCUGCUCGUCCUCACCGAGUGGGGCAAGAAAUCCGCUGUCGAUGUUGCAAAACUCAUCGAUGUCUUUGCCUGGGCUGUGGAGCAGACCACACACAUGAACAACGUGGAUGCGCAGAUGGAGGAAAUCAAAAAGCUCUCCAACCAUGCGAGACAGAACAAUCCUGAUAUCAGAACGGCUUUGGAGAUUUUAUCCACUGGGAAAGCUUCGUGGAUGCCAACCCUGGACUACAUCCAACCCGAACCAAUAUCCUCGGAGAAGGCGCUCAAGCUCUUACGCUACAUGAAUACUUCGCUUUCCAUACGAAUGAACGUGCACGAGACCCUCCCACGACACCUCCGAAACUGGCGGAUAGAAUCUGGACGGGUCACUUUCGUCAUAGAGAAUGAGAUGGAAUUCGACAUUGUCUCUUUUGUAGAAGACGCGUCAGACCAGUGGUUCUUCAUUGAUCUGCGGUUGCUGUUUUCACCAGCGCCAUCCAUUACAGUCGGUAGCCGCUUCUUCUACCAUCUCAAGCUGGAAGCGGACACUCGCCUGAGGGAGCAUGGCCUGAGUGGUUUGUUCGACUAUCUUCACAACUUUAUUCUUACACACAAAAUCUCUGUUCUUCGGUCACAGACAAUGGGACUUCUUCGCUCUGGAUGGGCAGGUUCGCUCAAAGUCGAGCCCGUACAUCGCCAGCUCGUCGUGCAGUACUGGGUCGAUAGACCUGGCAAGAAGAAUUGGAUCGAGAUUGGCGUCUCGAGCAACAGACCGAAGAACGGCAAGGUGUCGUGGCGAGGACCACCAAUCCCUUCGUUGACCGCGCGCUGGUUUCGCCAAGGCAAAGAAGUCCACAACGCUGAUCUCAAACUUGACUGGAGAGAUCUGUCUAUAGAGCGGAUCCUCAAGCGUGUCAUUGCACUUCACGUUGGCGAUGGUCUCCGAUCGAUACGAGAACAUCUCAAUUCCAAGAUGACCAUUCAAGCAUGUUUGUCAGAUACAGAGCCUGCGGAUUGCAUGCUCAAGACCACUCUAGGAACCGAUACCAAUUCAACGACGUUGUCCAUAGAACCAGUGACAGGAAGUUACAUCUUGCGACCAGCCACGGCUUUGUCAGCGAGAGCAGAAUAUGCCCUCAACCAAGGCAGAGAACCAGCACAGAUUGGCAAAAUACUUACUCAAAUGCUUGCCCAGACGCUCCGGGACUUGGUCCAGCGAUACGCGCAACAACUCGGAUGGCAGCUUGUAACGAGACAGUCUUUGCAUGCGGACGCGGUAAAAGCGGCCGUCAAGCUGGACGUUCUCCAAUAUGCGCUCUACUGGCCUCAGGGAUGGUCGCAAAGCUGGGCCUUGGCAGUCGUGAUAGACUCCUCUGGCGAAUCGUGGUGGAUCACCAAGCUCAGUUCUAGUGGUACCUCGAUUGAGUAUGCUGAGCAGAUCAAGUUGAAUAGGCCAGACGGUAGCUCGUUGCCAAUCAACCGCAGCACGCUGGCUAGUCUGGAGAGAGUCGCUGUGCAACUGCUUUCGUUCCGCGUCACAGCUCGCCAGCUUGAAAAGGAGGGGAAGUCAUUCAGCCUGCAAGAGUUUGGUCCCGACACGCAACGCAUCGUUCGAAAUUGGACCUUGUACCUCGAGACCUCCGAUCUGCUCACAACAAAACCCGGGCAAGACCCAUGGCUCGAAUCAAACAUCGCGGUCACCUGCGAAGGCUUGAAAUCCGAGGGUCGCAGUGUCUGGCACAUAGCCGCCGGCAGGAUGGUCAAGGCUGUUGCUGCAGACAUGCAGAAGCUCAUGGCCACUGCACAACAAAGCAACUUCAGCUUCUCAGAAGAUGGAACAUUCAAGAUUCUCCUAUCCACACCCUUUGGCACAGACAUACUCGGCGAGCUACGAGCACGACUCCGCGACGUCAACCGUCUCCGUUCCUUUGCAGCCACACUUCAAAGAAGGGAAAUGAAGCUUGGCUCGUCGUCGUUGCAAAAAGUGCAAUUCCAAUACGGCAUCUUGCCACACGUCGCCGCCGUAAACUUCGCUUCAGACAAGGAAAUCCGCAUCGAAAUGUCCGAAAAAAACCCCGCCCAUCGCGUUCACAACCUCCUCACCGAACUCAUAAACGAGCGCAGCCCUUCACUACCAGACAUGUACUUCGGCGACAGCAACGGUCUGGAUCGCUUCUGCACCACCCUCCUCCUAACCCGCUCCCUCCUCUCCGUGCUCCGCCACUUGGAAACACAGACACCAGGCAACGCCCGCAACCCCGCAGUCCACACGCACAGCCUCUUCAAGUACCGCCUGACCUACGAAAACCCGCUCUGCACCUUCGACAUACGCCUCCAACCAAAGCACGACAAAGUAUACUGGUUCAUCGAGGACACAAUCAAACGCGCGCCAGACCUCCGACCCAGCCCCGAGCGCGCACACAACCACCGCCGCCUCGACACGCUCCAAGCAAGCCUGAAGAAACUCUUCACCACAAAAGGCAACCGCUGGUUCGGCACCCGCAACGGCAUCAUCGCCGACCUCGACGCCGUGCCCGACGCGCUGAGGAAACUACACACCGUCGUCCUAUCAUGUAGCAUGGAAGGCGGCUACAAGGCUCCCCCUCCCCUCGAAGCUCCUGCCCCCGUGCACGCCCCAGCCAAUCCUCCCCCGCAGGCUCUCGCGCAGCAAAUCGCCAGUAUGAAUCAGAGCCAGAAUCAUAUCCAGCUGCAGCAGAGACUGCAACAACAUCAACAUCAACAGCAGCAACAGCAACAGCAACAACAGCAAGGACGUCCGCACUCAAUGCAGGUCCACGCACGACAACUCUCACAGCAGGGUAUUCGUAUCCAGCAACAACAGCAGCAACAACACCAGAACGCGAGAACCUCACAGCUCCAGCGCAGACAGAGCACGAAUCGAGGCAUGCCCCUCAAUAAGCAGGACGUUAUUGAGAUUGACUGA